AUGGUCAUUUUUUUCCGCAGAAAAGAGACCCGGCGCCUUUUACAUAGAAAAGAGACCGCCCGGCUUUUCCAUUCGAAAAGACUUCUGUUAUUUCUCUCUCAGAAAAGAGAUUUGUCGCUUUUCCCACAUAAAAGUAAAUCGUCGCCUAUUGCGUACAGAAGAACCCUCGCAACAUUUUCCAUUGGCGGUUGGUCUAUCUAUCUAUCUAUCUAUCUAUCUAUCUAUCUAUCUAUCUAUCUAUCUAUCUAUCUCAUUCUGAUAAUAUCUAUCUAUCUAUCUAUCUAUCUAUCUAUCUAUCUAUCUAUCUAUCUAUCUAUCUCAUUCUGUCAAUAUCUAUCUAUCUAUCUAUCUAUCUCAUUCUGUCAAUAUCUAUCUAUCUAUCUCAUUCUGUCAAUAUCUAUCUAUCUAUCUAUCUCAUUCUGUCAAUAUCUAUCUAUCUAUCUAUCUAUCUAUCUAUCUAUCUAUCUAUCUCGAUUUGUUUAUAUCUAUCUAUCUAUCUAUCUAUCUAUCUAUCUAUCUAUCUAUCUAUCUAUCUAUCUCAUUCUGUCCAUAUCUAUCUAUCUAUCUAUCUCAUUUUGCCAAUAUCUAUCUAUCUAUCUAUCUGAUAUAUAUAGAUUUGUUUAUAUCUAUCUAUCUAUCUAUCUAUCUAUCUAUCUAUCUAUCUAUCUAUCUAUCUAUCUAUCUAUCUCAGCUGUUGGUUAUCUAUCUAUCUAUCUAUCUAUCUAUCUAUCUAUCUCAUUCUGUCAAUAUCUAUCUAUCUAUCUAUCUCGAUUUGUUUAUAUCUAUCUAUCUAUCUAUCUAUCUAUCUAUCUAUCUGAUAUAUAUCGAUUUGUUUAUAUCUAUCUAUCUAUCUAUCUAUCUAUCUAUCUAUCUAUCUAUCUAUCUAUCUCAUUAUGCCGAUAUCUAUCUAUCUAUCUAUCUAUCUAUCUAUCUAUCUAUCUAUCUAUCUUAUGGUAUAAUGUGCUGUUAGUAACUCUCCACAAUUGCUAUAUCGGGUUGUGGUAUCUGCGAAACGAACACUCGCGAAGCGGUAGCGAGAACUGCCUGUUUUUGCCACCGAGGACUAGAUAUUCGCCGAUCAGGGAUAACCGCGAUUUGUUAAUAGAUUCUUUGAAGAAGAUCACGGUGAACUCACAUGAGGUCGCUGUGAACUCGACCGAGGCUCGAAGUGCUGGCGAUCCCAGUCUUGAUAAGAGUCGAAAAAAGAUACAGUAUAUUGAACACCACUUCAUUAUCUAUCUAUCUAUCUAUCUAUCUAUCUAUCUAUCUAUCUAUCUAUCUAUCUAUCUCAGUGUGCUCAUAUCUAUCUAUCUAUCUAUCUAUCUAUCUAUCUAUCUCAGUGUGCUCAUAUCAUCCAUCUAUCUAUCUAUCUAUCUAUCUAUCUAUCUAUCUAUCUCAGUGUGCUCAUAUCUAUCUAUCUAUUCAUCUAUAUCUAUCUAUCUAUCCAUCUAUCUAUCUAUCUCAGUGUGCUCAUAUCUAUCUAUCUCUCUAUCUAUCUAUCUAUCUCUCUAUCUGUCUAUCUAUCUAUCUCAGUGUGCUCAUAUCUAUCUAUCUAUCUAUCUAUCUAUCUAUCUAUCUAUCUCAGUGUGCUCAUAUCUAUCUAUCUAUCUAUCUAUCUAUCUGAUAUAUAUCACUAGCUAUCUAUCUAUCUCAUUCCAUUCAAUUCUGUCUCAGUCUGAAACGUAUAAUAUUGCCAUUCUUUCUAUCUAUAUACUCUUUCUUUCUUUCUUUUUUCUUUCUUUCUUUCUUUCUUUCUUUCUUUCUUUCUUUCUUUCUUUCUUUCUUUCACACUCACUUAGUUUCUCUUUCACUCUAUAUCUUUUUCGCCAUCUUUCUUUUUCUGUUUCAAUCACGUGCUACUUUUCUUUCUUUUUUCUCUCUUUCUUUCAUUUUUCAUUUUCUCUUUCUUUCUUUCUUUCUUUCUUUCUUUCUUUAUUUCUUUAUUUCUGUUUCUGCCUUUUUCAUCUUUCUUUCUCUCUCACUCAACAGGUACUUGUCUUUCUUUCUUUUAUCAUUUCACUCCUUCUUUCUUUCUGUCACUCUAUCUUUCUUUCGGUCUCUCGCACAAUCUUUCUUUCUUUUACUUCUCUCAGUCUAUUUAUACUUCUUUCUUUCUUUCUUUCUUUCUCCUCUUAA